CCCUCAUCGAGUACUGACUGUACUGCUUUAAAUAAUUAAUUGUAUAGUAGAACAAUGCUUUGGUUUUAUUGUGAAGAGCUGGAGCGGAAGUGUAGCUUCAUUCACAGCGAGACAACAAUGAGCUCGGUGACAAGUAACGAUGCGACUCUGACAGACAGGAAAGUCCUCUGAAGUCUUUCCCAGACAAGCACACUCCGACCAGCCCUGCCUCCACACACACACGCUGCAACGAUGGUGUUAAAACUUUGCAAGUCGCGAAUUAAGUUAUUUGGCUUGAACUACCCAGAGAAGUGGUGCCAGCCUUUAAGUCAGGACAGAGGUUGCGGGUUCCCAGCCGCAGCAGCAGCGCCGUGGUCAGCUGUGAGCGGCUCUGCGAGCCCCCGGCGGGCCUGCGGGGAGAGGUCACCUCUGGGCGGGCCAGCCCCUGCACCGGGGACGGGGGCAGCGAGAGGGAUAUGUACGUCUCUCAAAGCCUUCCAGUACGAUCUGAAACCAAACGUACCGAAAACUGAAGGCCGGAAGAUGUUCUUUGAUACACAUGCAGUUGUGCGAAUCCUUGAGGAGAAUGAUUUCACUACUCGGCAGUCUGAAGUGUUGGUUAAUGUGCUAGUGAGUACGACAAACUCUAAUAUGGAGGUCAUCUAUAGCGACAUGGUGACCAAGGUGCAACAGGAGAUCAUGUUGCAGCAAAUAAUGUCUAAAAUUGCCUCAGUAAAGAAGGAUAUGAUCAUCCUUGAGAAGAGCGAGUUUUCCACUCUGCUUGCAGAGAAUGAGAAACUCAAGAUCCAGUUAUUAGAAGUCAAAGUCCAAAUUGCUGAUGUGAUGAAUAAAGUGCGCUCUGACAAUAUUUUGGAUAUGAAUUUGGAGAAAAGCCGGGUAAAAGAAAUGAAAGCGCAGCAUGACAAGAAACUUCUACAAGCGCGAACUGAGAUUAUGGAAAUGACAGCAGAACAAGAUCGUCAUUUGACCCAGACGAACAUGAAGAUAGACACUGAAGUGGCUGGUUUGAAAACCAUGUUGGAGUCUCAUAAACUGGACACUAUAAAAUAUCUUGCAGGUUCAGUUUUCACCUGUCUCACGGUAGUUUUGGGCUUCUAUCGCAUUUGGAUGUGAACACGAAUCUGGAUCUUGUGAAUCAUGCAACAUUCAAAGUCCAUUUUUAUUUUUUAUAAUCGGACCUUAUUCCCUUUAUUCUCAGUUUGCAUUAAUGGGGGCUGUAAGAGUCAUCACUCGAUAUCUUUUAAAGAUAACUGUUGUGUUAACUAACUUGUGAUGGUUUUGCAUUUCCUUGCAAUUAAAUAUUAUAGUUUUCAUUCCUUCUGUUCAUAAGAACAAAUGUCUUGGUCCCAUCCAGCUUUUAUUCUCCCGCUCAAAGUAGCUGUUCUGCAAAUAACAAACAGAGGAGAUAUUUUUAAAUCUCUGCCUUUUAAUCCUGUGGGUUUUUUUUUCGCAUGCACGUGAAAAAGCUUUUUUAUCUGAUUGUGGUGAGUAUAAGGCCAAUACAGCCUCAAAAUGUGUUUAAGGAUAUAUAUUUUUCUAUCGUGUGAAUACUUUAUUAAUUGUUGAAUAUAAGAAUCAAGAUUUUAUGUGAAUCUAUUUUUUUCCCUAAUCAUCCCUGACAGGAGCACCGUAAUUCAUAAUGUUACAUAUGGUGCCCAGCUUGAAAACACACACACACACAACCGCUUUUUCCACUAUUACAUAAAGAAGGGUUGGUGUUUCAAAAAAUGAUUUGUAUUUGUUCAAUACGUAAACUGAGCUCUGUGAUCGCUGUAGGCGGCACGUCAGACACGACAUACUCAAAAGUACUUCCCACCUAAUGUAAGAUAAAACCAAAUAUCCCUCUAAAUGUUUUUGCAAGAUAAUGCAAAACUAAUUGUGAGAUAACACAAAACAAGUCGUAAGGUAACGCAGAAGAUGUCUUCAA